AUGGAGCGCAUUCAUUGGCCAGGCGGGGGGCAGCAGCUCCCCAGCUCUAUCUGCAGCCUACCCUGCCAGCCCGGGGAACGGAAGAAGACGGUGAAGGGCAUCCCCUGCUGUUGGCACUGCGAGCCGUGUACAGGCUACCAGUAUCAGCAAGACCGCUACACCUGCAAGACCUGCCCCUAUGACAUGCGUCCCACAGAGAACCGCACGGGAUGCCAGCCCAUCCCCAUCAUCAAGCUAGAAUGGGGCUCCCCCUGGGCUGUGCUUCCUCUCUUCUUGGCCGUGGUGGGCAUCGUGGCCACCCUCUUCGUGGUGGUCACCUUUGUGCGCUACAACGACACGCCUAUCGUCAAGGCCUCCGGCCGGGAGCUCAGCUAUGUGUUGCUGGCUGGUAUCUUUCUCUGCUAUGCGACUACCUUCCUCAUGAUUGCUGAGCCAGACUUGGGCACCUGCUCAUUGCGCAGGGUCUUCCUGGGUCUGGGGAUGAGCAUCAGCUACGCCGCGCUGCUCACCAAGACCAACCGCAUCUACCGCAUCUUCGAGCAGGGCAAGCGGUCAGUGAGUGCCCCUCGAUUCAUCAGCCCUGCCUCGCAGCUGGCCAUCACCUUCAGCCUCAUUUCUCUACAGCUGCUGGGUAUCUGUGUCUGGUUCGUGGUGGACCCCUCCCAUUCGGUGGUUGACUUCCAGGACCAGCGGACACUGGACCCUCGAUUCGCCCGGGGGGUCCUCAAGUGUGACAUCUCGGACCUGUCGCUCAUCUGCCUAUUGGGCUAUAGUAUGCUGCUCAUGGUCACCUGCACCGUCUAUGCCAUCAAGACCCGUGGUGUGCCUGAAACCUUCAACGAGGCCAAGCCCAUUGGCUUCACCAUGUACACCACCUGCAUCGUCUGGCUUGCCUUUAUCCCCAUCUUCUUUGGGACCUCGCAGUCAGCUGAUAAG